UCCCCUAACCGUGCGUGUCUGCGUUCGCGUCACACUGAAGGUGCGCCAGUGUCGCGUCAUGGCUGCGCCAGCGCCUGAAGACGGAUUAAAGAAAACUUCCAAACAGGAGCAGAUUAUUUCUGAAGAAAAUGAAAAUCCACCUGGGAAAAAUGAGGAGCAGAAAAAGUGGAGUGUCGAAAAUAACUGGGGCUUCUCUUUAGAGGGAAUAUUCGGACUGGCACUUAAAUUUUUUAAAGAGAUGAACGGCAAGGCUUUCAAUCCAACAUAUGAAGAAAACCUACUGUUUGUUGCACUUCAGAAACAAAUCUUCCUUGGUCCUUAUAAUCCAAAGGUUUGCCCUGAGAUUGGGUUCUUUGACGUCCUGGGGAAUGACAGAAGGAAAAAAUGGGCAGAGCUGGGCAGCACAGGUAAAGAGGAUGCCAUGGAGGAGUUUGUGAAGCUUCUGAACUCCUGCUGUAGCCUUUUUUCUCCGUACAUCACAUCUCAUAAGAUUGAGAAGGAGGAACAUGAAAGGAGAUUAAGACAGGAAGAAGAGGACAAGAGGACAGAGGAGGCUGAAGGCUUACUACACAACCAGCAGAAGCAACAGGUCAUGGUUGCUCUGAAUGAAAACACACCAGUGCAGUUCCUGCAGAAUGCAAGACAGUUGUCCAAAAGCUCAGAACAGCAGCUGCUCAUGCAACAGCCUCAAGAGCAACAUUAUCAAGAGUUUAUACAGCGAGCCCACUGUACACACCAAGUCAAACAGGACACAGCUGAAGCCCCAUCACCAGAUUCAAGGUCCAUCAGCCAGUCAGAAUCAUCACCGAAGAAAACAUCUGAAGCAAACCCCAAACAGUGUCAUUUAUUCAUAGACAGCAAAUCAGGAGAAGUGCCCAUCAUGGCGCCCUCCAUGUGGACAACGCCUCAGAUAAACGAAUUUAAGGUGAGGACGCAGCAGGAUGCCGAGUCCGUGAUCACGGUCAGGAGAGGCGAAGUGCUAACUGUGCACAUCCCGACUCAUACCGAUGGCUCCAAGUUCUUCUGGGAAUUUGCCACUGAUUACUAUGACAUUGCUUUUGGCUUGUACUUUGAGUGGCCAAACACAGUAAACGGUGUGAGAACUGAGACAUUUGUGGAGUCUAUACCUGAAAUCCAAGAGGCAGGUCAGACUGAAGAGACAAAAAACUCUGCGAAGAAAACUACAAACGAAGUUCCUCGGGUUAGCGAGGUGGUGCCACUCUUUCGGCGAGACAGCCAUGAGAACGUAUACGCAGGCAGCCACCAGUACCCAAGCCAAGGAGUUUACUUGCUCAGAUUUGACAAUUCUUAUUCAUUCUGGAGGUCAAAGGUUGUGUAUUACAGAGUCUACUACACCAAUUAGAUUUAUCACACGUGGAUAUGCCUUGUCUCCCAAAGCCUGAGCACUGAACUCCUCACACACACCAUGAAUUUCUCAUUUAAAUAGUGAGAGAAGUGAAAACACUUCCACAGACACUACAGUGUGUGCAGACUGGCGUAAACUGUGCUUAUCUUUUUAAUGGCUGAGAUGGAAGGUUCAGAGCAAAGGUCUGUGCCUUUAUUUUUUUUUUUACUAGAAGCUCAACGGAUCCUGAACUAUGCAUUAAAAAUAACCAACAUGAAGAAAGCAGUAUUUUCUGAUAUACAAUUAGAUAGAUGAUUGAUUGAUUGAUUGAUUGAUUGAUUAUGGAAGUAAAAAUAUUCCAGAUUUUCACGAUUAGGGCUGUGUUGAGCAUGACAGCAAUCCAGUGCUGUAGAAGACUCUCUCAAAGGCUAAUAUAUAUAUAAAUGUGUGCAAAUCCAAGCAAUAAUCUUCCCACGUAUGCUUAGAAUUAGGAGGCUGGAGUAACAACAAGCUGUAAAACUGUGGGAUGUGUUCUCACAACACCUUAAACCAUACAGGUAAUUAAUUAGUGGAGUUGUCACUACAUUUCCAUUUUUAAUAAUGGUCAAUGUUAUUAGUCAAAGUUUGGGAUUUGUUUUGCACAAAAUCUUGAUAGUUUUCCCAGAACCUUGUCUUGAUAAGACUUCUUGAUGCUGGGGUUUUCCAGGAACAGCUGAAUAUAUAUAUCUAUAUCUAUCUAUCUCUCUCUCUCUCUCUCUCUCUCUCUCUCUCUCUCUCUCUCUAUAUAUAUAUAUAUAUAUAUAUAUAUAUAUAUAUAUAUAUAUAUAUAUAUAUUCAGUGUUCCCAGUAUGCAGUGUUUUGGUAUGUACCAAAAGUGGUCUGAGGAAGGACAAUUGGUGAACUAGCGACAGGGUCAUAGGUGUUGAAGGCUUACCGAUUUGCAUGGGCCACGUAGGCCAGCCCAUAUGGUCCAAGCUCCCACAGAAGAGCUACUGUAACAAACUGCUGAAGGAAAAAAAAAUUAAUGCUGGCUAAAAUAGAAAGAGGUCAAUGAGCCUUUGACACCCAUGACCCUGUCGCUGGUUCACUGGUUGUCCUUCCUUGGACCACUUUUGGUAGGUACGAACCACUGCAUUCCAGGAACACCCCACAAGAUGUGCCAUUUUGGAGAUGCUCAGACCCAGUGACCUUGCCAUCACAAUUUGGCCCUUGUCAAAGUUGCUCAGAUCCUUAUGCUUGCCCAUUUUUCCUGCUUCCAACACAACUUCAAGAACUGACUGUUCUCUUGCUGCCUAAUAUAUCCCACCCCUUGACAGGUGCCAUUGUAAUGAGAAUCAAAUGUUCUUCACUUCACCUAUCAGAGUUUUUAAUGUUAUGGCUGAUCAGUGUACCGUAUAUACUGCAAUCAUGAGACACUUUACUUAUACACAGGUGAACUCAUCAACUUGUGUAAAUUUGGUGCAACCUGGCUGCACCAGAACCAAUUUCAAGGUUUCGUAGCAACCAGAAUAAAUACUUAUGCAAUCACAACUGUAUUGAUUUUCAUUAUUAUGGACUUGGCUGUCAUGUACAUUCAUGGCACACAAUCACACUGAAGGCUAAUUCAGUUCCAGCUGAAACACGACACAAUGUGGAAAACUUCAAGGUUAAUACAUAUGCAAGGAACUGUAUCUCAGUGGGGGACAGUUAUUUUCAUCUCAGUUCGAUAAACCAGAUCUACAGUAGUCCUUAUACUGUUUACAUUAAUAUUAACUAUGACCGAGAGUCAAGCAACAGAAAUUUGUUGUACUUUAUUUAUGAUUACAUGUAAUGGUUAAAAGGUCCAAAGUGUGAUUUUUGUAAAAACUGUAACUGAGCAAGAGAUUUAAAUGUUCUAAUAUAAUAUAUGGAUGAUUAUCUGUCUGUCUUAUAAAUAAAUCUAACUGGUUACUUA